CUCUCUCUCUCUCUCUCUCUCUCUCUCUGCGUCUUUCUCUUUCUCUCUGUCUGAAGUUGAGAACACGAACCACUGAAAAACCCGCGAAAGACUCGAGCACGAACCAACAAUGGCGGAACCCAAAACCAAGUAUGAUCGUCAGCUAAGGAUUUGGGGAGAAUUAGGUCAAUCAGCUCUUGAAACCGCGAGCAUAUGUUUGCUCAAUUGUGGUCCAACUGGCUCUGAGGCUCUAAAGAAUCUUGUUAUUGGUGGAAUCGGAAGUAUCACCAUUGUCGACGGAUCUAAAGUAGAAAUUGGCGACCUUGGAAACAAUUUCAUGGUGGAUGCGAAGAGCGUUGGUCAGUCAAGAGCCAAAACGGUCUGUGGCUUUCUUCAGGAGCUUAACGAUUCUGUUAAAGCAAAUUUUGUUGAGGAGAAUCCAGACACUUUGAUAUCGACAGACCCAUCUUUCUUCUCUCAGUUCACUCUAGUUAUCGCCACUCAGCUAGUAGAAGAUUCAAUGGUGAAAUUAGAUAGAAUCUGCCGGGAAGCAAACGUCAUGUUGGUUUUGGCUCGCUCCUAUGGACUUACUGGGUUUGUUCGUAUCAGUGUAAAGGAACACACCGCUAUUGAGACAAAGCCUGAUCAUUCUCUUGAUGAUCUCCGCUUGAAUAGUCCAUGGCCUGAGCUGAAGAGCUAUGUGGAGUCCAUUGAUCUAAAUGUAGAAGAACCCGCUGCCCAUAAGCACAUUCCUUACGUCGUCAUUCUAGUCAAGGUGGCUGAAGAAUGGGCUCAACACCAUAGCGGCAACCUUCCAUCAACCAGGGAAGAGAAAAACGAGUUUAAGGACUUAGUUAAGUCCAAGAUGGUAUCAGCGGAUGAAGAAAAUUACAAAGAAGCCCUUCUUGCAGCUUUCAAAGUCUUUGCUCCUACAGGAAUCAGCCAAGAGAUUCAAGACAUUAAUCAUGAUAGUUGUGCUGAAGUUGGCUCAAAUUCCUCAGAUUUUUGGGUAAUGGUAGCAGCACUCAAGGAGUUUAUUUCAAAUGAAGGUGGUGGGGAGGUACCACUUGAAGGUUCCAUGCCUGAUAUGAUAUCUUCCACAGAGCACUACAUCAAUUUGCAGAAAAUCUACCAUUCCAAAGCGGAAGCUGAUUUUCUUUCCAUGGAACAGAGAGUAAAAAGUAUUCUAGUUAAAGUUGGUCAGGAUCCAAGUAGCAUCUCAAAGCCAACUAUCAAGAGCUUCUGCAAGAAUGCACGAAAACUUAAAGUCUGCAGAUAUAGAACGAUAGAAGACGAGUUCAAAAGUCCUUCUACAACAGAACUACAUAAGUACUUGGCUGAUGAGAAUUACAGGUAAGAAUGACUUCGUCAAAAUUGAUUCUUUUAUACGACCAUAGAGACUGUGAUAACAAAAAUAUUACUGGAGUAUAUUUGUAGAACUGAAAAAUAAUAUUUACAGUUGCAGCAUUUUGGAGGCAUGUUGCUGUUAGCUCUUAAGGGUCUUACCACUUUUCUGUUUAUUCCUCUUGCAGUGGCGCAAUUGGAUUUUAUAUUCUUCUUAGAGCUGUUGAUAGAUUUGCUGGUACCUAUAAGAAGUUUCCUGGACAGUUUGAUGGAUCAACUGAUGAGGACGCAUCCCAGUUAAAGACUAUUGCCCUGAGUCUUCUUAGUGAAAUGGGUUGUGACGGCUAUGAACUUCAGGAAGAACUGUACAAUGAGAUGUGUAGAUUUGGUGCUGCAGAGAUUCACGUGGUUGCUGCUUUAAUAGGAGGAAUCACAUCUCAAGAAGUGAUCAAGCUCAUCACAAAGCAGUUUGUUCCCAAGCGAGGAACUUUCAUCUUCAACGGCAUUGAUCACAAGUCUCAGUCUUUGACAUUAUAGAAGAUUCUUAGACACUGGUGGCUGCAGAAGAACUCCAACAUAUCUUUUACCCUCACUUCAAGUUGAAACUUAACCUUUUCUUGGAGUUUUUAUUCUGCUAUACACCAGACUAACUAGAUAUCAUUUCUUUGUAGAAACAGUUUCGAAUUCCUCAUGUAUAUUGAUUGAUUUUGAGCCGCGGUUCAAAACCGAAGAGCUCGCGUUAAGUGAUGGGCAUAGAGCCAUUUUUGUAUGACUUUCCUAAAGCAAAAUUCUGGUAUCGUUUCAAAAUAGUCAUAUACU